CGCCAUGUUGGUAAAGGUAGCGGGGCGCGGGCCGAAGGGAGCUCUUCCGGAUCUCGCGGGAGCUCGAGGCGUGAGUGCCACGUCCCAGCAAACCGAGAACCGAGAGGAUCCCGGAGCCGGUGAGGACUCCCCGCUGCUGCCUUACGGCGCUUUCCAGGCCUCGACCUCCCCCACCCCCCAACUAGUGGGCCAUAGAGACGAGGGCCCAGAGAGACCGUGAAGUUGGCGAUCAAAGGCUAGAGCGGGGUCGGGGGUGGGGGCCGCUGCAUCCAGGAAGGGUGUUGGGAUGAAGAGGACUGCCCUCGGGAACAAUGUAAGAGGGGAGCGAGUCGUGUAGAGGCGGACAGAAGGGCUUCAAGGGGAGCGGGCCCCGCAGAGUCGAAAGUCAAGCAGAGUCAUCCCCGGCUCCUCUGCUCAUCGGGAUGGCCGGGGGUCUGCGGGCCCCCCGCUGGGUGGCUGUGGGACUGCUGACCUGGGCGGCUUUGGGGCUGCUGGUGGCCGGACACGAGGGUCAUGGUGACCUGCACAGAGAUGUGGAAGAAGACUUCCAUGGCCACAGCCACGGGCACUCACAUGAAGAUUUCCACCAUGGGCACAGCCACGGCCAUGGCCAUACUCAUGAGAGCAUCUGGCACGGGCAUGCCCACAGCCACGAUCAUGGACAUUCCCAUGAGGAUCUGCACCAUGGCCAUAGCCAUGGCCACUCCCAUGAUAGCCUCCACCGCAGAGGACACGGACAUGCCCAUGAACAUAGCCAUGGAGCUUCCGGGGAGGCUGGGGCUCCAGGCAUCAAGCACCACCUGGACACUGUCACCCUCUGGGCCUAUGCACUGGGGGCCACCGUGCUGAUCUCUGCAGCUCCGUUCUUCGUACUCUUCCUCAUCCCAGUGGAGUCAAACUCGCCCAGGCAUCGCUCUCUGCUCCAGAUCCUGCUCAGUUUUGCUUCUGGGGGGCUCCUGGGUGAUGCGUUCCUCCACCUCAUCCCUCACGCCUUGGAACCUCAUUCUCAUCACACCCCGGAGCAGCCUGGACACGGACACUCCCACAGCGGCCAAGGCCCCAUUCUCUCAGUGGGGCUGUGGGUUCUCGGUGGGAUUGUCGCCUUCCUUGUGGUGGAGAAGUUUGUGAGACACGUGAAAGGCGGACACGGACACAGCCACGGGCAUGGAGACAGCCACGCUCACGGACACAGCCACGCGCAUGGAGACAGACACGAGUGUUCAAGGGAAAAGCCGAGCUCUGAGGAAGAAAAGGAAGCAGGGGGGGUGCGGAGAAGGAGAGGAGGAAACCCGGGGCCCAGAGAUGGCCCCGUGAAACCUCAGAACCCUGAAGGAGAAAGAGCAGGCUCAGACCUGCGUGUGUCCGGGUACCUGAAUCUGGCUGCUGACUUGGCACACAACUUCACAGACGGGCUGGCCAUUGGUGCUUCCUUUCGUGGGGGCCGAGGGCUAGGGAUCCUGACCACAAUGACAGUCCUGCUGCAUGAGGUGCCUCAUGAGGUCGGGGACUUCGCCAUCUUGGUCCAGUCUGGCUGCAGCAAGAAGCAGGCGAUGCGUCUGCAACUCGUGACUGCAAUUGGAGCAUUGGCAGGCACAGCCUGUGCCCUUCUCACGGAGGGAGGGGCAGUGGGCAGUGAAGUGGCAGGUGGUGCAGGUCCCGGCUGGGUCCUGCCAUUCACUGCAGGUGGAUUUAUCUAUGUAGCCACAGUGUCCGUGCUACCGGAGCUAUUGAGAGAGGCAUCUCCAUUGCAGUCACUUCUGGAGGUGCUGGGGCUGCUGGGGGGUGUUGCCAUGAUGGUCCUGAUUGCCCAUCUUGAGUGAGGGGUGGGGUGUCCUGGCCACUGCUAAUGCCAGAAGGAGUUUCAGCCUUGGAGAUUAGCGUCUUUGCUAUUUGAGGUCUUAGAGGUAUGAGAGUCAUACGGAGCAUGAGAGGCCAGCGGGACCACGGUGUGGGAGGCUGCCCAGCAGGGUUGUCGAUUUUGGGAAAAUAAAUGGGACCAUGAAGAAGGCUGGGAAGACAGUGGCCUACCUGUUGGUCCCUAGGCUACAUUUCCCAGAACCAGCAUGCCACACGGGCCCUCCAAGGUCCAUCUCCCUCCGAACUAGUUAGUGAUGGCUUCAGGGGAGACCUGGCAGAAGGAGUGGGGUAGACAUCAAUCGUGUGUCCUGAUUUAAAAGGGGGGGCCGGCAGGGGUGUUACUUGAAAAAAUGUCACAGCCUGAUUUUUGUUUCUACUCAUUUUAUACCACUGUUUGAAUGGGUGGGGAGGAACGGUGACCAGAAAUAAAAGAACUUGGAUCUUCUGCCCCA